AUGGCGGACACACAGCCACCAGGAGGUUGGCCAUGGGGCAAGAACAAGCAGCAGUCAUCCAAGGGUGAUGACGGCUCCGAGGCCCCCACCAGCACAGCCCAACAACAACUCCAAGAUAAGGGCGUUCAAGAACCAGAAGUCCUGCAAGAGGGCGAGGAAGGCGGAAACGCACAGUCCCAAGUGCAAUCCAAAGUCGGCGGCGGCAAGUCGGCUGCCGGCAGCGUCGCCAAGUCUGUCAGGUACGAAGGAGAUGACUACGCAGUCAAAGGCCCUGGUAGUAACAACAGCUUCAGCAGGAACGCCAAGGAGCCCAGCGUCUUGUCCAACGGCGUCAACAAAGAUGAUCUUUCAGAGGAUGCCAAUGGCGCAGUCGAGAACGCGCAGGAGACCGCCCAGUCCGCCAAGGACGACCUCCCCGAGGACGAGGGCAAGGACAUGACCGAGCCUGCGGAGCAAGCUGGUGAGCAGGCCACUGAGAAGGCCGGUGAAGUCGGCGAGGAUUCCCAGAAGGCACAGUCUCAAACUGGCUCCCGAUUCUCCAACUUCGUGAGCGGCGCCAGCAGGAUUGUUCCCUCGUUCGGCGGCGGUAGCAAGAAGUCCCAGCAGGACGACUCCGAGAUCCCGGAGUCCAUCCGCAAGAUCCAGAGCCAAAUCGGCGACCAAGGCACCAACCUGACCAUCCCAGAGGGCUCCCAAGCACAAACCCUGGGCUCCGAGGAAAAGAGCGGCACCGAGGCCACCACCGAAGAAGGUGUCACACCCGCUGAGACCGACGAGCAGGCCACCACUGAGCAGGCCACCACGACGGCAAAGCCCGAGGACAGCCAGUUCACCACCGAGGGUGACGAGCUUGACGGUGAGGAGCUGCGACCCGAGGACUCGGUCACCUACGCUGCUGACAACAGCCAACAACUACCAGGCGACGAACAAACCGAGGGCCAGACUGGCACCGGCACACUCCGCGAACUCCCCGAGGGCACCCAACUUCCUGAAGGCUACACACUCUCUCAAAUCGACCUGAACGACCUCCCAGAGGGUACUCAACUCCCGGACGGCACUCAGAUCCAGGGAUCCCAACUCCAGGAUGGAACCUUGGCAGAGUCUCAACUUCAGGGAACUCUUCCUGAGGGAACUACUCAGUACGAGGGUACCCAAGUUCCAGAGACAGAGGUCGGAACUCAGGCCGAGGGCACGCAAGCCGCCGAGGGCACACAGGCUGCUCCCUCCGAGGCCCAGAUCCCCGACGACCAGCAGACCGAGUACACCUACGCCAGCGGCUACCCAACUGCCACCGUGCAGCCCGAGGCUGAAAUUGACUAUUCCAUCCUCAAGGGCGCCACUGUCAACAAGCUGGGCAAUGUCGUCAACGAGAAGGGCCAGGCCAUCGGCCGCAUCACCCAGGGUAUCACGUCUCACCUCAUCGGCCGAAAGGUUGACGAGAACGGCAUCAUCUGGAACGACAGCGGCAAGGAGAUUGGCCGCGCCGAGCCCAUCCCCGACAACGAGCUGCAAGAGCUCAUGGAGUCCAAGCCGUUUGAGUCCUUCGAGGGUAACGUCAUUGACGCCAAGGGCAAGGUCAUCUGGGAAGGUCAGCAGGUCGGCCAGGUCAUCGAGGGCGACUUGAAGGUCCUCCAGGGCAAGACCGUCGACCCCGACGGCGAGGUCCUCGACAAGGCCGGCAAUGUCAUCGGCAAGGCCGAGCGCUGGGAGGAAGAGGAGGUUGAGCCCGAGGCCGAGGUUGACAAGUCCAUCCUCGCUGGCAAGCGUGUCAACAAGUCUGGCAAUGUCGUUGACUCUGCCGGCGUCAUCUUCGGCCGUGUUGUCGACGGUGAUAUUAGCAAGAUGGUCGGCCGCAUGUGCAACAAGAACGGCGAGAUCUUGAGCGAGUCUGGCGAUGUCAUCGGCCACGCGGAGCUUGUUACUGAGGGCGAGCGCGAGGGUUCUAAGGAAGGUAUCUUCGCCGAGCUCAACGGCCUGACCGUCAACAAGGAGGGUCACGUCGUCACCCCCGGCGGCGACAUUGUCGGCCGCCUCGUGGAGGGAGACCCCAAGAAGCUUUCCGGCCGCACCGUCGACCAGGAUGGUGACAUCCUCGACGGCAAUGGUAAUGUCAUCGGCAAGGCCGAGCGGUGGGAGCCCGAGGAGGUUGAGAAGAAGAAGGGGGUCCUGGCUGGUCUGCACGUCAACCAAGACGGCAACGUUGUCGACGAGAACGGCAACGUUGUCGCCAAGCUCACAAGCGGUGACCCUCUCGUCUGCGCCGGUCUCGAGAUUGAUGACGACGGCGACGUCGUCAACAGCAAGGGCCUCACAGUCGGCCACGUCAAUCUGCUCUCCGAGAUCCCCGCCGAGGAGGGAGAGACCGAGGAGGAGAAGGAGGCACGCCUCCAGGCCGAGCAGGACAAGAAGCUCGCCACCCAGAUGGCCAUGUGCCUCGAGCAGUGCCUUGACAAGAUCAAGCCCAUCUGCAAGAUGAUCACCACCAAGAUCGAGGCGGCCGAGCGCCAGCCCGAGGACGAGCGCGACGAGGAGGCGCUCGUCAAGGAGGUCCGCCCCCUGAUCGAGGAGGGCAGCAACAUCCUCCGCGAGGCGCACGGUGUCAUCCGCGGCCUCGACCCCGACGGACACAUCCAGGCCAACGCCAAGCACAAGUCCGGCACCCGCGAGGCCACUCCCGAGGAGUUCCACCUUGCCGAGGUUAUCAAGGAGCUCACCGGCACCGUCACCGAGACCAUCGAGGGCGCCAAGCGCAAGCUCGAGGACAUGCCCCACGCCAAGAAGGAGCUCAACCCCCUCUGGGGCCUCCUGGGCGAGCCCCUCUUCCAGAUCAUCGCCGCCGUCGGCCUGCUGCUCACGGGUGUGCUCGGCAUCGUGGGCCGCCUGCUCAGCGGCCUCGGCCUCGGCGGCAUCGUCGACGGCCUGCUGGGCACCCUCGGCCUCAACAGGCUGCUCGACGGGCUUGGCCUGGGCUCCCUGACCGGCGCCCUCACCGGUAAGAAGAAGAAAUAA